UGUAAUAGAGAAAUGACCGUUUUGGAUGACCACGCAGAGUGCUAUAGACACAGAGUUUGCAACGAAGCAUUUCCAUGCGAAGUUUGCAGUAAGUGGUCAGAGGAAAAACGGACGUUGAUCAGAAAGAUGAUCGAGCGAAAGAAAUCUGAAGCGGGGAGAAAGUCAGCUACAUUGCCAAAUCCAGAAGUUCCCUCUGUGGGGAAUAGUGGCAAUCGUUCUGAUAGUCAAGUUUCCUCUGCGGGAAACGUAGCUGCAUCAGAAAUUCUUUCUCCGACAGAAAGGAGUCAAAAUGGCGGCGACUUGACGCAGGGUUCAGUCCCACCUCAAGUAGGUAAUUUUCCGCCUUUCGUGUUGGGGAAUUUCGAAGCCCAAUGGCAGCAAUAUCAAGAGAAUUGCAUGAAAAGGUUGAUUGACGCUAGAAUUAAAGAGUUGGUCCAGGAUUCGAAUAAACAACCGACUAUUGCUAUUACGUCUGAUGUUCGUUCAGACAGGGCGUGUAACAGGUUCGAUAGAUUUCGACCGUCAGAUGAUCAACGCUCCAGAGAAUCGGAUGACGAUGAUCUGGUAAGCCACAGAGGUGAAACUGAUCAAGUCUUAAGCAAUGCACUUGAUGAUGUUAUUGAUGUUCACGAGGAUAAUCGUUCAGAGUUUGAUAACUCUGUCUUGGGUUCAGUACAUACGCAUGACACAGACUCUAAUGGUUCAUGCAUGGUAGACUGGAAAAAUUUUGUUAAAAAAGUGUCUACAGAACUGAACAUCAACUCAGUUGAUGCCUCUGAAACUCAGAGCCGAGACUUCAAAUCAUACAUGUCAAAUCGUUUGAUUGGGACAAAAUCAUCUACCCCACAACAGUCUUUGCCUAUGGAUGGGUACAUUUUAAACACAUUAACAGAUGUUGAUGAAGAAUUCCAGCGAAAAGGUGCGAUUCGGACUUAUAAAGCAUCAGAUGAUGAAAAAUACCGAGUCGCUUCUUCCGACUUUGACAAGUACUGCACAACGCCGCGCCUUGAUGACAACAUUGAGGACAGCAGUUUUACAACAGGGAGAAAAGGAAACAAAAAUUCUUACCGUUUCCGCAACCCUAUGUUGCAUUCACGCAACAAUGAGUUAUGGAAGAUAGAUCAAGGAUCUCGACUUCUUCUAAGAGAGUUGACAUAUGCCUCUCUAAUUACGUCCUACGUUGAUAACGUUGUAUCUGAUGAGGACAAGACAGAGGCCCUAAAAGCACUCAUGCAGGUGUUCAAGUCAAUGGCUGAUGUUACUUCCGGCAUGUUAGUGGGUGCAGUUGCAGCCCGCAGAGCCAUUCACAUUGAGGAUUUGGCUUUUAAAAACAAAGCAACUGAAAACAAACUCCUUGUACAGACAACUCUGAAUCCUAAGCUCUUUUGUGGGAAGUAUUUUGAUAUUCUUCACGCAAGUGCAGAAAGUAUGCGCGAUGCUAAAGAAACACAGCACCUGAGGGGUUCAAAGCAGAAAGAUGGUUCAGCCCUCAGUUCUGCAAGGAAAAGAAAGAGAGAUGAUUCAGUGGGCACCUCGGAACCAAAAGAACAGCAGUCAUCCUUUGCAAAGAAGGGAAAGUUUGCUGCAGAAAAGAAUCAAAAGACUACUAUAGGAAGAGGACGAAAUUUCAAUUCAAGAGGUUCCUUCAGAGGUCAAACUCGUGGCUCUGCACAAGAUCGUUUGGGGUUUCGUCCCCCAAAGUAAU